CGUCUUUCAUCACGGUUUUUCUUUUUUUCCUUUCCUUUUUUUUGAAUGCGCCUUAUUUGCGCCUUGCUGACGCAGAGAAGGCGGUACCCAUUUACACCGUGGAGCGCAAGUAUCGCGGGCGGGCGGGCUUUCUUCACAGUUUUUGAACUAUCCGACAAAACAAGAUAGGUUUAGGGAAACCGUAUUGAAUACGUCUAUUUUUUUUGAAAAUUUAUAUCUUUACAACCAAGUCUUGUAAACUAGUGCAAGGUGUAAAACAACAACAACAACAACAAACAAACGAGGGUCUGUGCGCCCAACGAAUACAGAGGCCAUCAUGAAGCUGACGGACAAUGUGCUGCGGAGCUUCAGGGUGGCGAAGGUUUUCCGAGAAAACUCGGACAAAAUAAACUGUUUCGAUUUUAGCUCGAACGGGGAAACGAUUAUCUCCAGCAGCGACGACGACUCUCUCGUCUUGUACGACUGCCAGGAGGGAAAACCUAAACGGACCCUGUACAGUAAGAAAUAUGGCGUGGAUCUGAUCAGAUACACUCAUGCAGCCAACACUGUGGUCUACAGUUCCAACAAAAUUGAUGACACAAUCCGGUACCUGUCCCUCCAUGAUAACAAGUACAUCCGCUACUUCCCCGGCCACAACAAAAGAGUGACAUCACUGUCAAUGUCUCCUGUGGAUGACACGUUCAUCUCCGGCUCAUUAGAUAAAACCAUCAGACUCUGGGACUUGCGGUCCCCCAAUUGCCAGGGUCUGAUGCAUCUGCAGGGAAAGCCAGUGUGUUCCUUUGAUCCAGAGGGUCUCAUUUUUGCUGCUGGAAUUAAUUCAGAAAUGGUUAAACUCUAUGACCUCCGGUCUUUUGACAAGGGUCCCUUUGCAACCUUUAAGCUGCAGUAUGAUCGCACUUGUGAAUGGACAGGGCUCAAGUUCAGCAAUGACGGGAAACUCAUUCUUGUCUCUACGAAUGGAGGAGCCCUUCGCCUUUUAGAUGCCUUUAAGGGCGCAGUGCUACAUUCCUUUGGGGGUUACAACAACGGCAAAGGUGUGACACUAGAAGCAUCAUUCACCCCUGACUCUCAAUUCGUUAUGAUUGGCUCCGAGGAUGGAAAGAUCCAUGUGUGGAAUGCCGAGAGCGGUAUGAAAGUGGCUUUGCUAGACGGGAAGCACACAGGACCAGUCACCUGCCUGCAGUUCAACCCCAAGUUCAUGACAUUUGCCAGUGCCUGUUCGAACAUGGCAUUCUGGCUCCCCACCAUUGAUGACUGAAAAAAAGUGCUAGAAUGCUGCCAACUGAGGUCAACAGUGAAGCAGACACCACCAGGGACCAGCAGGGGUCAGCAGACCCAUCUUCUUGUAUAUUUUUUUGUUUUGUUUUUGUCCCCCCCCCCCCCCCCCCCAUUAAAGUAUACACAUUAGUGGUUGUUUCAGGAAGGGCAUCCGACGUAAAAAUUUUGCCAAAUCCUUACGCAAAUCGACAAGACCGCCAUCGGUGCUGUGCCCUCACAGGGUACCGAUGGAGGCUGUCCGGUCCACUGUGGUGACCCCUGGGUGACAGGGAGCAAGUGAAAGAAGAAGAUACGCCUAUAUAUGUGUAUACUUUAUUGGAAAAAAAAGAAAAAAAUAAUUGUAAAUAAGUGUGUUGCUGAAAUGAAUUGUCUCUAUUCUCAACUUUUAUACUAUUAUUUAACAUAAAUGUUUAAUUUGUGAGAAAACUAUCGUCUCUUUUUUUGG